UGCCCAAUGACAUCAGCAGCCUGUUCGUGACGUCAUUGUUGACUCACGCACACCCGUUGCAAGCGCUCAUCGUCGUGCACGCACGCACGGCAUGUCUCUGGUUUCAUCAAACAAAUCAAGCGUUUGUGUGCUCAAGACCUAUUCUAAUAUUCUAUGGCGUGGACACCAAACUUUCUUCCUAUGCGGAGCCUGUUUCAGCUGCUUGAAUGAUGUGUGAGCUGCAGAUGAUGGUCAGAUUGUAUGUCUCAUUCUCCAGAGGUUUGUUUCUCCAGCUGUCUGCUCUCACCUCGAUCUAUAUGUGUACUAUAGUGUUGUGUUUGGAAGGUAUUAAAAGGCAAACAUUUAAUCACACUUAAAGUGGCUGUUUCCCUGACAUUGCCUUGCCAUUUAAAAACUCAGUGAAACGCUGAGAUCUCGUUCUAGAGAUUAAACAGGAUUGCAGAGCAGUGGACAUGACAGUUCGGCUUGUCACCGCGAUCUUGCUCAGCACGCUGGCCGUUGCCAGCAUCAAAGCAGACCUGUACACCGACCUGCGCUGUGACGGCCGGCAGGUCCUGGUGGAGCUGUUCCAGUGGAAGUGGGAGGACGUGGCCCGCGAGUGCGAGGUCUUUCUGGGGCCACGGGGAGUCUGUGCUGUGCAGGUAUCCCCUCCCUCAGAACACGUUUACAUAGAAGACACCCGUCAAACCUGGUGGCACCGUUAUCAGCCAGUGAGCUACAUCUUAAACAGUCAGUCAGGAAGCGAAGAAGAAUUUAGGGUCAUGGUCGAACGAUGUACUAAAGCCGGAGUCAGAGUGAUCCCAGAAGUGGUGCUCAACAACAUGGCAGAACAAGGUCUGCAUGGCACAGGUUCCGCUGGCACGAGCUACAACAGUGAUAACCUUGAUUUCCCCGGUGUUCCUUAUGACUAUCAUGACUUUCACAACAACAACAUGUGCUCCACGGAUGGAAACUACACAAGUGCUCUUCAGCUACGCACCUGUAGUUUUGCCGGUCUGACUGAUCUGAAUCAAACUGCCCAACAUGUACGGGAACGAAUCACAGCCUACCUUGACCACCUGCUGGAUGUCGGUGUCCGAGGCUUUGUCAUCAACGCCGCCAGUCUCAUGCUCCCUUCCGAUCUGGCCGCACUCCAGGGCUCCGUCAAGAACUCGUCCGACGGCACUCGGCCUGUCUUCGCGAUGGACGUGUAUGACUUUGAUGGCAAUGGACCAAUCAAAGCAGAGGAAUAUUCAAAACUUGGUUACGUCGCAGACUUUCAAUACAGUCUCAAGAUUGCGGAGGGCCUCCGAAAUUUCAAAAAGUUUAGCGAAUUUGUUGACGCUCCUUAUGAAUGGACGGGUUCUGACAAAACAGUAGCCUUCGUUGAUAAUCACUUACUUCAACGGCUUUCUCCCCUUGUGCCGUCGUUAACCUUCAAGCAGCCUCGUGAGUUCUCCAUGGCAACUGCAUUCACUUUGGCGUUUACGAACGGGCCAGUGCGUCUGAUGAGCAGUUAUGACUUUGAUGAUCCAGAGUUAGGUCCUCCUGUUACGUUGAAUAGCUCCUUAGCUAGUGUAGAGUACACAGACAAUGGAACAUGCUCUGGCGGGUGGAUCUGUGAGCACAAGUGGCCGCUAGUCUCAAAGAUGGCUGCGUUCAGAAAUGCCGUCGCCCACAAGGACCUAAAUCAUUGGACGUCCAGCGAGGAUCUGGUAGCCUUCUCCAGAGGGCGUGUCGGUUUCUUUGCCAUGACGUCAGCCUCCAACUUCUCGGGACGCGUGAAUACAGGACUGGCAGCUGGUACCUACUGUGACAUUCUGAGUGACUGUAGCAGACAGAUAGUCGUGAAAGAGGAUGGAUCAACCCAGCUAGACAUGCGGGGCGACGCAAAUCCAGUAACUGCUGUUAUUGCCAAUGUCCCGGACAUCAAUUACCAGAGAACGCUGAUCUUUAUCGAGAAGGUCACCAAGCCUGGGGAGUAUGUCUUCUUCAGGGGUGGACUCGACCAUGGAAGACUGCGUGGAUGCACCACGGACGCCGACACUAGCAAGUGUGCGAUACCUGUCUACGUGCGCAACAUCAACAAGGGAGAUUUCUUCUCAUCCUACGAGGCUUGGCGUGCAGGUGAUGCGCACCUUGACUGGUACGGUGCAGAGCGGCUCCAGGGAUCUUUCGGUAAUGUGCGAUCGCUAGGAACACCGGCAGUAUGGACUUCAAAUGACCCCAGCAGUCCCGGAUACCAUCCGCUCAAUGUUUAUGGUAGUCAUUACUGGCUGGUGGAUAUGGACGUGGACUGCACUAAAACAGAGAACGGAUUUUUCGAGCUAAAAGCCUACCUCAACGGCUGGGAACCCGAUGCGCAGUCUAAGCCCUGCACUGGGGACGGAAGCGGAGACGCCAUGCCGUUUACGUCAUCCAACCACGUGGCUAUCUGUGGGCGAAUCAACGUCUUCCACUGGGGACAAAGUCGUUGCGAACGAACGCGUUUCUAACGAUCAUGUGAUGGACCCUCAGUUAGUGACAGCAUGGCUGUGGGCUUGUUUGGCAAUAAAACCAGAACAAG